UGUUGUGUGGAGACUCUUAACUCUAUGUGGCCCUCUCCUCUUCCACACCACAGCCACCACAAGCUUCAGAUAAACCCACACAAAACCCUACAAAUCUUAUCAAACAAACAGAAAACACACAAAAAGCCUCUUUUAAUUUGCUCUUCAUUUGUCCAUUACCGUUUGUUUUCUUCUCUCUCUCAUUAGAUGCUUUUGGUAAUACCAAAACUAUAAAAAAAAGAUGCUAAAUAUGGAGCGGGAGAAGCAGCUUCGAGGUAUAUCCAUUAUCGCGGCAGAAGCGGUUAACCCGGACAAGUCUCGAGGAAUCGCGAUUCCUGCGGUGAGAGCGGUUGUGGCCGACGCGUUGCUUCUCACCCGCAGUCUCUCCGGCACGUUUUCGUCUGCUGGCUCGGUUCCAAUCCGUGCACCAAUCACGAUUGACGACGAGGAUGAUGAUGAUGAUGAUGAUGGUUCUGUUACAGACGAUGGUUUUGAGUCUGUCUCUGGGGAUGCAGACGAUGAGGCUGAGCUAGAGGAUGUGAUUAGGGUUCUAGGGGAAGAGUCAGUUGGAGAAAAUGGAGAUGGGAGUGUUGUUGAAGAGGAAGCUUCUGUUAAUUACUCUCCUUUGGAGGAAGAGAGUGAGAGUGAAGUUAGUGAAGCUAAACUAGUCAUUCCCCGGGCCAGUUUGUCUUUGAAUGAUGAUGAAGUUUUGGGUAGUAGUAGUGGUGAUGAAGAAGCUGAAGUCGAAGAUAAGACAUUGCAGUCUGGAGAUUUGGGAUUGGUUGAUGAGCCUGAGUGCUCAGGUUCUGUUCUAACUGAUGUCGUUUCCACGGAGGAUGAAGCGGUUGAGAUGAAGGUAACAACAGAUCGGUUAGAAGAUGGUUUGAUAUCCUUUGGGGAUAUUGAAGAUUUGAGUCUCGGUGUUCCAUCAGGAGGUUCUAAGCUCCUCAUCGAGGAGGAUGGUGGUGGUAGCAUUCAUGAGUCUGAUGCUUUGAUGAAGCCAGGUGAUGUACAAGGAGUAGAAGACAGUGUAGUUGAACUAUCAGAGGGUUCAGGCUCUGUAACAGGUGAACUUGUUUCCACUGAGGAAGAGAUGGUGCAAUUGAAUCUUUGUGAUGAUGCUUCGGUGUCCUUUGAGACUGGUCUAGGUGUUGCGCCAGGAGAUUGCAGUGAGUUUGUGGUAGAAAGUGAAGGAAACGCUGUAGAUGUGUACAAAGGGUUAGAUGAAACUGUCAGCAAGCUUGUUGAACAAAGGGUGGGUCAAGAAAGUGCCAGCAAGGAGAGCGAUAACAAAAUUGAUGAUGGUAGUGCUCGUGAAGCAGAUGAAUCGAUGAUUCAAGGUGAAGGCUCUAUUGGAUCAGGAAGGAGAGAACCAGAGGAUGAAGACACUGGAUUCAUGGUAGGCGACGCAAAAGAACUAACUAAAAAUGCUUGCGGUGCGGAAUGUGAGGGCGAACUUGAAAUUGGUAUGAAUUCUGAAUGUUCUCAAGUGACUCCAACUCUGGAUUCUGCAACGACGAGAAACCUUGAUGUCUCUCGAGGAAUAGAUGUUGAUGUAAAUGGGUGCGGUUCUUUUAUCCAAAAAGAUGACCAAGAGACUGAGGAUGAAGGAACACAAGAAUCAGAGGAUAUUGAUAGGAAGUUACCACUUCCUGAUGAAGAUAGAGCAUCAAGUUUAAGAAGUUCCUUUGAAUUGGCCAAUGAGAGUGUGGAAAAUGGGGAGCAGAUUGAUAAGGAAGUCAAUUUUCAGUCUGAUAGUGAACUGAAUCAAAUCUCAGUGGGCACAGGAGAAACCAGCUUGCUUUCGGUUAAGGAUGUUGAGAGAAGCAUGCCUGAAAAAUCUUAUGUAACUGCUAAUGAUGUGAUGGAAAAUGAGAUGCAGAUGGCAGGGCUAAUCCAUAAUCACAAUCACACUUGUCUGGAGCUUGGCGAGUACGAAGGAACAGGCGAUACAAAGGAGAAACUCUCUGAAUCCACCUUUCAGAAUCAUCCUGAAGAAUUAUCCUCUGAUAAUUCUGUACAGCUGAUAAGUGGGAGAGUGAAGGAAAGAAUUGAGAAGACGAAGCUCUUGAAAGAAAAAAUCCAGAAGAUUAUAAAAGGAAUUGAUCUUUGCAACGAAGAUUCAGCUGUUACUGAAGUUGAGUCUCAGCAGAGCCUAGUAGGUGAAGACCAUCACACAUCCUCAGAGCUUGAUGAUGAUCACGUGUAUGACGGAACAAAGACAAAGCUGCCUGAACAAGAGCUUCCACUUGGUCUAGACUUCUCCAUUAACGUCCUUGUUAUCGGGAAAACCGGAGUGGGAAAAAGCGCAACGAUUAAUUCUAUCUUUGGGGAGACUAAAUCUGCUGUCGGCGCAUUUAGAGUUACCACAAAGUCUUCAGAAUACAUUGUUGGAAACGUUGGAGGGAUCCUGAUUACAAUACUUGACACGCCAGGUCUCAUGUCCUCUGCAACCGAGAAACGGUAUAAUCAGGAAGUUCUCAUGUCCAUAAAGAAGAGCAUGAGAAGGUUCCCAGUUGAUGUCGUCCUCUAUAUUGACCGUCUAGACGAGAAUCCAGACGUCCAUUUGCUUAGAACCAUCACCAGUUCUCUAGGCUCAUCGAUAUGGAGAAACGCUAUCGUGGUUCUAACUCACGCAGCUUCUGAUGUCCCAGAUUCUUCAAGCUACACUGCUCAGAGAUCUUCUCUUAUGCAUCAAUCAAUCAGAGAAGCAGUUCCGGAGCUGAGCUGUGUAGAGCAGAGAAAGAUGCCUGGAAUUGUUUUGGCAGAGAACAACAUGAGCGAGUCUACAUGUCCGGAUUGGAGAUUGAACCUACUGGUCUUGUGUUGUUCGGUUAAGAUCCGGUGCAAAUCCGGUUCCCUUGUAAAAAAGCCGGAUGCUUUUGACUCCUCGCAGCUUCGCUCUUUCACAUUAUUCUGUUCCUUGUGGAAUGUGUUGCUUCUUGGUUCGAACCAAGGACAUGCUUCUCAGUCACCUGAUGAUUUGGAGGAGAAGAAAAGGCGUUUGCUGGAAUCGUACCCUGAGAUCCUCUGGGACGAACAGAGUCAGGAAAGUCUGGAGCAAGAAGAAACUCUUCCCGUGAAGAAUCAAGAAGACGAGGGGAGAAGACAAGAAAAAGAAAGUGUGAGAAGAAGAAGAGGAAGACUUGGGUUCCAAGCUACGAAAAGGUUGGGUAUCUAUCUCGAUACAUGUAAUUUGCACACAGGGUUUUCAAUGGGAAGCAGUGGAAGUAGAAAGGUGGAACAAGAGGAAGGGAAGAUGUUGGUGAGGAUGAGAGGCUCCUUGUCUGUUUUAGGAUUGGUUCAUGUGUUGACGUCUGUAAUAACUUGUGUCUACGGUCGGAAAGAUAUUUAAAUUGCUCUCAAGUUGUGGUUGAAUUUGUAACAACAUACGUAUCUAAUACGAGCUUCUGUUUAUACUA